AUGAGCCAAGUAUAUAUGGUACCCAGUACAGACUACUGCGGCUCACCAAUGUCUUUCGCCAACGUGCCAGAUCUCGUCUCGUCUUACGAUGACAUCUCCACAGACCCAAGCCCAUCGCCUCCGGUGGUAAGCAACUUAAGCAUCGAAGUACCCCGGUGCAAGCCACUGACUCUUAAGCAAAAGAUGUUCUCCACCCUCGACAACCAGUAUCACCCCUACACGGCGACCUCAGCAUUCCCAGAUUACCUACGCUCGCAACAACAACAUGCAACGCCACAACCCUCCAUCGUCAACUCAAUUGAAUUUACCGAUCUCACACAAAUCAACCACGACGACAGCAGCCGCCGAAGACGUCGGUCAACCACAGCACAAGACAAGGAAGCCGCCACGAACAUGCGCAUACGCCGCCGAGCCCAGAACCGAGCCUCGCAACGCGCGUUCCGGGAACGCAAAGAGAAGCACGUCCAGCAUCUCGAGCAUGAGCUCGAACAGUUAGAGGCCAAACACCAAAAUCUGGAGAAAAGCUACACCGAAGUCGAAGGAGCCCACAACAAGCUACAGGAUGAGGUUGAAACACUUAAGGACGAGCUGGCGCGAUAUCGAGAGAACAGUGCCAGCAACAGCCGCGAAGGAUCCGUCAGUGAAUCGUCGUCAUCAAGACACUCGCAACCACAAUUCAAGAUAGAAGAGAAUCCGCACAAGACGGACAUGUUUGACCCAUUUGCGCCUGAUGGUUUCUUUGCGCACAAUUCUGGAGAGCUGGGGUUUUGA